GGCAAGUUGUUGGGAGGGAUUCAGAGUUGCUAGCAUUAUUUUCUGCAUGGCAUCUUGUUGAGCAAGCUGGGGGCUCCAGAUAGUUAGUUAUCUGUUGCACACAGCCAUUCUUACCAAGCGUCGUUUGUUGACAGCCGGAGAGAGCAAAGACCGCUCGGCCCAUCGCCGCCACGGCGACCAUGGAUUCUGGUAUUGACACUCAGAUCUACUCUGCUACUUAUAGUGGGGUUCCGGUUUACGAAUUCAAAGUGGGGUCGGACAGUGUGAUGCGACGCCGUCAUGAUGACUGGAUCAAUGCCACUCAUAUUCUGAAAGUUGCCGGCCUGGACAAGCCGUCGCGUACUCGUAUCCUCGAGAGGGAAGUGCAGAAAGGCACACACGAAAAGAUCCAAGGAGGCUACGGGAAGUACCAGGGAACAUGGGUGCCUCUCGCCGAUGGGCGUGCUGUCGCCGAAAGAAACAAGGUGCUCGAUCAGCUACUCCCCAUUUUUGACUUCGUCCCUGGUGACAGGACCCCUCCUCCCGCUCCGAAGCACACGACGGCGGUUUCUUCGAGGCCCAAGGCUCAAAGGACGGGGGCUUCAGGCCGGAGAGGUGGCCGGGCGUCGUCUUUCGCUUCUAUGAACACCCGUGCAGCUCCCGCGGCAAGCUUUGUGCACUCUGAAGACGCAUAUUCUCAGAUACCGCAGUCAUUCAACGACCACGAAUCUGUUGACCAGGCCAGCCGUGAGUCGUCCUCGGUGCUGGCAGAAGAAGACAUUGCACAGGUGUCUCAGCAUCCGACGCAUCCUCGGAAGCGCAAACAGGAUAGGGACCUUAGCGCAUUGACGGUGGCAGAGCAGCAGCACAUCAUGUACGGCGACGAGCUCUUGGACUACUUCAUGACCGUUGGCGAUGCACCCGCUCGGGGAGCCGCCCAGCCGCCUAUCCCUCCGCAAAACUUUCAACCCGACCGCCCAAUCGACGACCAGGGGAACACUGCCUUGCACUGGGCGUGCGCCAUGGGAUCCUUGGAUGUGGUAAAAGAUCUUAUUAUGCGGGGAGCUAAUACCUGCGGUCUUACGCGUAAUGACGAGACUCCUCUCGUUCGUGCUGUCCUGUUUACUAAUAAUUACGAAAAGCGAACGAUGCCGGAGCUUGCAGAGAUCCUCAAGAACACAAUCAGCUUUCGAGAUUGGUUCGGCGCCACGGUCUUCAACCACCUGGCCGUCGCUACGAAAAGCAAAGGAAAAUGGAGAAGCUCGCGCUACUACUGCCAGGUCCUGAUUGCAAAGCUCUCCGAGAUGUAUCCGCAGCAUGAGGUGGGGUUGCUGCUCGCCUCCCAGGAUUCCUACGGGGACACGGCGGCUCUCACCGCUGCUAAGAACGGCUGCUAUCGACUCGCUGAGAUCUUACUGAAAAACUGCCCGGAAGCCGGCAAUCUUCCAAAUAAACAUGGAGAGACGGCGAACGAGGUGAUGAUGAUGAUCCAGCAGCAGCAGGUCCCGAGGGAUUACCCGCACCGUCCAUCAUCUGCAACCCAACACAGCGUCCACGAGGGCGACAUUGGCGGCGUCAUCGAAAGGGGGGAGAACAUGGCGCAGUGUCAGCUGUCCUGCAAGAAUCCGGUCGCGGCGGCGCUGCUCAAGAAGAUAAGCGCGAUAAUGGACGAUGCAAACGGCAAACUUACCCAGGCCUACGGCGAGGUAAAGUCGCGUCCCCAGAGCUUUGACGGCAAGAGUCAUCCAAGAGAGAUCUACGAGCAGCUGGAAGCCGAACGCGAGACCAUCCGCAAGGACAAGACGGACACGUUGUCGAAGGAGGCCGAAUCGGUACCGUUUGAGGACCUGGUCUCCCGACACGAUGGUGCAAAGCAAAAGUAUGCGUCGCUGCUGGAGGGUACGCAGGAACUCACGCUGAGCAAGCGGAUUGGCCCCCACGGCGGCGAUGUCGCACCACCGGAGACGGAGAACAACAAGCCAGAAAAGGUAGACGGCGCCGCUACCACCACCACUGCUGCUGCUGCUGCACCACCCUCUUCGGAGGAGAAGGAGAGCGAACUGGCACAGAAGAUCGAGCUGAUCCGCAAGAUCGCGCAGGCGGAGAUGGCGCGCAAGAACGGAACAGAGAGCAUGAUGUCGCACCGUGCAGACGCGGGACCGGACGCGAGGCUCAAUGUGCACCGGAAGCUGGUCGCGAUGGCGACGCGGCUUCCAGAGCAGGACCUGGACCCGAUGGCCAAGGACCUGGCGGUCAAUCUUGAAUUUGUGCGAGCCCACCAGAGCCGGCCGGGCAAGCCGCUGGCAGACGCAGGAAGGGCGUUCAAGCAGAAUGCAUGAGAGCAAUAACUACAUUUAAGUCUCAAGAGCAACUUUUCUUUCCCUCUUUUCUUUUCUUUUCCUUUUCCUUUUCCUUUUCUCUUUUUUCUUUUCUUUUCUUUUCUCUUUUCUUUUCUUGUUUUUCUUUUUUUUUUUUUUAAAAAAAAAAAGACUUUUCAUUGUAAUUACUCAUGUCUGGUAGGCUACGAUGGAGCAGCAGCUUCGUCGAGCCUGAUGACGAUGACACCCUAUCUCUGCGUUUACUUUUGAUGCAUCAUUGAGGGAUGGCGCGGUGGCUUGUGUGUACGGGUAAAAGAAAGGAUCAUGCAUGUUCUGAGGGAUUGCGGUGUUUUUCCAAGGCAUCAACUGGUGGGCCGGGGUCUGGCUUUUCGGUCUCGUUUCAUGUUUUGAAGGGCUGCGCGCGCGCGCGCGCGUGUG